CCAUCCGUGGGAAACGGGCGGGGCGCUUAUAUAAGUGUGUGCGUAGGGAGCGCCUGCUGGGCUAGCGGAGCUCCGGAGGUCCGUUCCAACCCUGACGAUUCUGUGACGUGGGCCGAGGGCUCGUUGCUGCCCGGUAUCGUCGGCACGUGUCGGUCAAAUGGCACCCCCGAGCAAGAGAGAGCAGCUCGCCCGUGCGGCGUUGCCGCACCCAAACAGGCUUUCAAGCAGAAGAACGAAUUAAAAUGGUCCCUCUUAAGAGCACCGCUAGCAAAGUCAUUACUAGGUGGCGAAUUUCUCACUCCUGUUAAUUACAGAGUUCAAACCACCGCCAACACGGCGGGUUUCCCUGGACCUGCUCCUUGGUUACAGUGCGCACGGCCAAAGCCGGCGGAGGCAUCGCACUGACGUCCCUCAGUACAACCCUCUGGACCCUUAGCAGGGCAGCUCUAGAUGCAGAUCUGAAAAUAAACCUCCACCUGUGGAUUGCAGUUCAAAUCUACAGCUUCACGGACAAGUGCAUAGCAACAGCAAGUGGUCUCGCUAGAAAUAAUGUCUCAAGUAAAAGACAGAGGACCAAAAUCAGCAGUACACCUCUUUCUUUAACUUCAAGAAUUCCAGACAGUACUUUAAGAACUGUCAUUUUACUUCCUCCUAAAAUAUUUUUUCUUCUAAGAUCCACAGAAAUUAAAAGUCAACAAGAAGACACACAUGUAUCAUGUGUUUCCCUUUGUGCUUUUCCUUCCUCACUUUGAAUGACCUAAUAAACACAGUAAUAGAAUCACAGAAUCAUUUAGGUUGGAAAAGACCUCCGAGGCCAACUUUUGACUGACCACCACCCUCUCAGCUAGGCCAUGACACUGAGUGCCAUGUCCAGUUGUUUCUUGAAUACCUCCAGGGACCUUGACUUCAUCACCUCCCAGGGCAGCUCAUUCCAAUGUUUAACAACCCUGUUGGUGAAAAAAUUCCUCCUGAUGUCCAGCCUGAACCUCCCUUUGUGCAGCUUGAGGCUCUGUCCUCUCAUCCUGUCACAGCUUGCCUGGCAGACGAGGCCCCACUUGCCAUUGACGAUCAAGGACUGAUUUCCAUGAUGCUGAGAGGAGCUGCUCACGGUGCAAAAGACACAUUCACUCUUCUGUUGACAAGAUCUCCGAGCUGUAACCCAGGACUGAAGUUUUCAUCAGCAUGGCCUGAUGUAGCAAACAGAAGCUUCCGAAUACAUUCCAAUUAUACAACUGAUACCAAGUCAAGACAGGAAAAUAAAAAAACCCUUGAGAAUCUCUACAGUUUGUCAGUUGACAUCACGAAGAUACGCAGACUGAAGGAAUGGGUCCUUCUCCAGGAUGUUGCCUAUGUUAAAGAAAUUGCUGGUAUCUUACAGGAAAUGGGAGCAGAUGAGACCACUGUAGCCAACAUUAUAGAACGCUGCCCCGAGGUAAUUCUCCACACCCCAGCAGAGAUAAACUCUCAAAGAGCUUUAUGGCAAUUAGUAUGCCAGAAUGAAAAACAGCUGAUUAAAUUAAUAGAGCAAUUUCCAGAGUCUUUUUUUACUACUGAGAAUCAGCAGAACCAGAAGGCAAACAUACUGCUUUUUCAAGAGCUGGGGCUUAAGAAUAAUAUAAUCACCAGGUUCUUGACAAGUGCACCCAAUAUUUUCUAUAACCCUGUUGAGAAAAACAAAAAUGUGAUAGAGACAUUACAAAGAAAUUACUUACAUUUAGGGGGCUCUGAAGCAAAUAUGAAGAUCUGGAUACUGAAGCUAUUGAGCCAAAAUCCAUUUAUUUUAUUAAAUACUUCCACUGCAAUCCAGGAGAACUUGGAAUUUCUCCAAAAGAAUUAUUUCACUGACCAGGAAGUUCUACAGCUGCUGUCCAAACUUAAAGGCUUCAUUUUUCAACUUAAUUCUACCACUAUGCAGAAGAGUAUGCUUUUCUCCAAAAACAUCUUCAAGUGCAGUGAUCAAGAACUAAAACAACUAGUGCUGAAAUGCCCAGCCCUUCUCUACUAUUCUGUUCCAGUUUUGGAAGAAAGACUUGAAGGACUACUGAAGGAAGGAAUUUCUAUAGCACAGAUAAAAGAGACACCAAUGGUGCUGGAAUUGACAACACAAAUCGUUCAGUAUCGAAUUAAAAAGCUCACUGCAUUAGGAUAUGAUAUAAAGAGUGGAAAUCUAGAAAGCUUGAAUGGUACUAAAAAAGAUUUUGAAGUCACUUAUGGUAAGAUACAAUCAAAGAAGGAGAGACCAAUUUUUAAUCCUGUUGCUCCUCUACACAUUGAAGAUUAAUUUGAACGCUGUACUUCAAGUUAUGCAAAAGCAAACUUAAAGGCAAGUUGAUUCUUUGAGAUGGAGCAAAAGCAAUCUCAAUCAAGACUAUAGUCUUACACUGUACUUUGUUCAGGAGGGGGUCUUAGGUACAACUUCAUUAUACAAUCAUUGUAUAAAGUGCUGUAAUACUUUAAAAUAUCAUCAUAGAAGUUACUGUUAUGAUAAAGGUUGCCUUUUUCUAAGAGUACCUCACAUGUGACUCUCUCUCACCUGACAGGGCAUUAACUGCCUUAGAUUUUCAGCUCUGUCACUGCACAGUCUAGCCUGCGGUAGUGAUGAGCACAAUUUUUAUCUGAGGAAGACAACAGGAGGAUUAUUUUUCCAGCAGUGUUCAUCAGUCAGCUGGUUCACUGUCUUCAGGAAAUGCCCUUGGAGUUCUUUUCCUUAUUGCUGAAGUAGCUCUAGCUCAUAGAUCCUGACCUGCAACAGACUUGAUUUCUUGGACAGCAAAGCCCUGUCCUGAGAACAGGGGCUGGACACAAUAUUUUUUUUACUAAUUGAGACCCUAGUGUCUUUGUGUACAAACCAUAAUGCAAAGAAACUACAAGAUGAUAACGUUUAUAUUUCUGAGACUUCAAAAUUUACUUAUUUUUUCAAAUGGUGUGGGAGAGGAAGAAAUACAUUUAUUGCUAUUGUACAGUUCCUAAUCUCUUCUAGGAAGGUUUGGCAACAAGAAAGAUGAGGGAAAGACUUAAGUCUCAAAUGAUGGUACGAGAAAAGAGAAAGUCAUGCUUUUCUAUUAGGUGCAACAAAACUCUAGUCUGUAAACCACUGGUGAUUAAACAUGACUACCAGAUUUGCAAACAGCUGCAACAGUUUCUAAAUAUAUGGGUGACACUGCUUCUAAGAUAACACCAUACAACAAUUGGCAACAAGUGCUGGCUUUCAAAAUAGUAACUAUCAAACAGCAUUUAAGUUCUCAGGGGAUUUGAUUUCUUCUCACUUAUGGGCUGUGAACGAUAAUAUAAAACAGUAGCAUCACUGACAAUCAUCUCAAUAGGAUUAGGAUCAGUGAUUUUAUUUCACAGAUUUUCCUAAGUAGCUAUUCCAAGUUCCCUUUUGACGGCGGAAUAAAAGCUGGCUGCACACCACCCUCAUUCCAGGCAUUCUUCAAGGUCAUUUUUAACACACAUUUUGGCAGCAAGUCCAGGCCUCCAUUUCUUAAAAUGUGGUCUGUAAUUGCUGAAGAAAGCUAUUAUUGAAUUCCUGGUCCAGAGGGUGGGCUGCAAGAUGAUUUUUUUAUAGUCUGACACGUUAUCUGCUGUGCACUGGGGAGGGACUGGGAGCACCUGGUAGGAGCAGUGCAAAGAUCCCAACAGCUGAAGGUCUUUCACUGAGCACUCUGCAGGCAAAUGCAGGUAUGACAGGCGUUCUGGGGGUAAAUGUCACUCCUGCAGGAGCGUGUGCAACAAUGGAAGGAAUUCAACAAGGGGACGUAUCACAGCAUGAAAAAAGUCAGGCUGUGGUACCAGGUUAUGUCUGUGUUGACUCUUUCAAAACUCAUUAUUGUUUUUUAAAAGGAAACUGGGAAGACAGCUGUAUUAAAAAUUCACAGGAACUUGCCUUUGUUACUUUCUGUCUGUCUUUCCCUGCUCAUCCAUUAAGGAGACCACAAUUUUAUCUGAAUUUAAAAGCCUCCUUUCCCCUCAGACACAAAGAGGCAUUUCAGCUCUCCUAAGCUCUUCUAACACAACCUGUAACUGAGCCAGAGUCCUAAUUGGUAGCUUAGGAGGAAAAGGAAACCAAAACAUACAACAGUGUUUUCCCUGAAUAUUUAGUUCUAGCAUUUCUAUAGGUACCUGUUUUUACCAAGUUCUUGAAACAGCUUAUUCCCAUCACUUAAAUUAUUUCCUAUGGCAACAGAACAGGAAAAGGAUGUAUUUCCUUAACUAAGUCACAGCCUGAGUUACCACAAACUAAUUUUGCGUUCUGAAUGUUUCAAUUUCUUUUCCCCUUUCAAAAUAAAAGCAAUCGCAGAAAUGCUCUUCUUCUCUACUACCAGAUGAAAAUUCAGUCAAUCCUUCAUUCUUAAUUCUAUCCUGGGACCCGUUUCUCUCUUCUUCACAGGAUUCAUUUACAAUAAAACCUCAGGAAAAUUCCCAGUCACCAAAACACUGUAUUGCUGAAAUCCUCAUCUUUUGUUACUGAGAGUGACUGUGGACCAGCUUGUGAGUAAGCCUUUCACUACCUAGAGAGCAGUCAGGCGUACAAGCUGCCUUCAUAAACAUUUCCCCUUUUGGAACAGGGACUGGGAAAAGCAAAGUGAAAUAAAGCUACCAGAAAAACAAUCAAGACAAAAGAACAACCUCAGUCCCCCAGAAGAUUUCAGUUCCAUAUUCCAUUCAGCUCACUAUGAUCUUAAAACUGGAUAUUCCCAAGCAUCAUUGACCAGGGGAAAAGAAAAUUAGUGCAAAGGAUUUUGUGCUGUGUCUGUGCAUAGCUUACACACUGAAGUUAAAGCUUUUGUGAAGAGCUGGUUGGUGCUAAGUAGACACAAACAGAAGACACUCUGGAGCAUGGUAUUAUGGGAAGAUUCAUACCUAAGUAUGCCUUUCUCCACAAAACUAAGGAAGCUUUAAAAUGUCUGAAACAGCAACAAUUUAAUGUUUCACAGGUGCCAGGACAGAAUUGGAACAAGUUUUUAAGAUAAAGCAAGUUUCAUAAGUGAAUGUAAAACACACAGGAUACAGGACAAAGCUCUUUGAAAAUUAAACCUAUAUGCCAUGUAAAAGUUUUGGUUUACAAGACUCAAAAUAAUAGCUACAGGAUAUGUUAAGAACAAAACAUAAUGGAGUGUUGGCAACUCCUUACAUACCUAACAUUGCUUAUCUCUGACUUGUUUUGCUGCAAGUUUCAUAGUUUAAAAUAAAGAAUUUAAUUAAAAAGCGGGUAUGACCAGUUCAACAUUCCCAUUUACAGAAAAACUAUUAGGAAGAGUUUGGUUGAGUGUCACAAAUUAUCACUGUGCUCCAAAAAGGUGACUCCUAAAGAGUUCAGUGGCAGCACUUGGGGGAUAUCGCUACACUUGAAAUUGCAGGGCAGCAAACCCUAAUAAAUUAUAUGCUGCAGUAAAAUUGCCUCUGAUAUCCAGGCUAGCUCAUUUCUAGAGCUAACUGGUACCUCUAAACAACACUAUAUUCUAUGCAAUUUGCUUUUGACUAUAAAAAAAUAGUUAAAGUCUUCCAUUUGUUGCAUCAACUUACCUCAUUACACCCUUGCAGGACAUCAGAACCAAGCAGCUGGUGUAUCUAACAGAAGGAGUAGAUGUCAUUUCUUGGGUUUUUGCUCUCCCCACCACCCCAAGUUCCAUGCUUACAAGUACCAUGCUUCUAACCUAUAUGAUUUCUGAUAUAAAAUAAAGUUGUUACAGAGUACAGUUGAAGUA